ACAAAUUGUGAAGGCAUGGGAGACCGUCAAGCAGCUGAGGCAAACUCCAAGUUCGGCAACAACGGAGAGCCGCCGGUGAAGUCGCGGUGGACGCCGAAGCCGGAGCAGAUCCUCAUCCUCGAGUCGAUCUUCAACAGCGGGAUGGUCAAUCCGCCCAAGGACGAAACCGCCCGUAUCCGGAAGCUUCUCGAACAGUUCGGCGCCCUCGGCGACGCCAACGUCUUCUACUGGUUCCAGAACCGCCGAUCCAGGUCUCGACGCCGCCAGAGACAAAUCCAGGCCACUCUCAACAAUAUCGCCGCCGGUGGCGUUGGAGAGAUGAAUCCGCAGCAAUAUCAGCUUCCGCCGCCGGCGCCGGGAGGGAAUGUUAUUGAUUUCGAUCAGAAUUACGCGGCGGCGGGAGGUUUUCAGGAGAAUUCAUUGUGGAAUUUCCCACUCCCGACGAGCGGGAUGAAUACUGCAGGCCUGGUAGGUUCAUCUUCUUCCUCCGCCGGCGGAUUUGGGGGAAAUUCCUCCGACGAGUUCUUCUCAUUUUCCGGCGAUGCUCAUCCCGACCUCCAGCUGCAGUACGAUCUCAACUCCGAUCUCUGCCUCACCGAUGCAUCCACUUUCCAAAAUUACCAACCUGCAGAGGUGAUGACAGUGUUCAUCAAUGGAGUGGGGACGGAGGUGGUGAGGGGAGCUCCGGUGGACCUUAAGGCCAUGUUUGGUGGAGAUUUUGUACUGUUCCAUUCGUCAGGAGCGCCAGCAGAGGUGAACGAAUACGGAUAUGCGGUGCAUCUGGAGCAUGGAGAAAGCUAUUUUCUGGUGCCAAAAUGUUCUUCAAUUUGAGUUGAGGAAGUGAUGUAUGGGGCAGUGGAAGUAUCUGCAUAUCUGUUGAGAGACAUUUUAAUAAAAAAUCGUCAGGUAUUCCUAUCAGAAUAAUAUAUUUAUAUAUAUAUUUAAUUUGUUAUGGUCAUCCCGGGAUUUCUUGUUUCGAUAUUGUUGUUUUGUUCCAUGCUUUGCUAAAAGAUGAUUAUUAAUGUUAUAUAUAAAUGCUGAUGAAAUAUAUAUAUAUAUGUAUGUAUAUUUGUAUUGAAUAUGGUAAUGAGAAUCGUAUUG